AUAUUAAUAUGGAUGCAAAGAAAAAUGGAAAGGUAGCCACAAAAAAAGAUGAAAUAAAAAAUAUGAAUAGUUUAAAUAAUAAUUAUUUAAAUAAUUCUUUAGAUUCAUAUGAUCAUUUUAUUUAUUCACCAGAUGAUGUUAUAAACAAUAAUGUUGAUAUGAACAAAGUACAAUUCAAGGAGAAAACUAGAAUUGUUGAUAUAUCGUGUGGUUUAAAUCAUACCUUAUGUUUAGAUGAUAAAAAUAAUGUAUACAGUUUUGGAGAUGAUAGUAAGAUUCAAUUAGGGUUAGGAGAAAGUCGAACAAAUAAAAAUUCUUUAGCUGGAACAAAAUGGAAAGAUCAAAUAAAACUUGGAUAUACAUCUGCAACAAAAAAUGCAACAAAUUAUUCUUUUUAUGAUAGACAUAUACAAAGUAGUCCCCAAAAAAUAAUGAAAAAAAUUAAUGAUAACGAAAUAAUAAAUGAUAUAUAUAAAAUUAAUGCUGGUUCAAAUUUCUCUAUGAUCUUUUCAAAUGAUAA